GGAUGGAGGUGCUGCGCCGUUCCUCGGUCUUCGCUGCGGAGGUGAUGGAGGUGUUUGACCGGUCGCCCACCGACAAGGAGCUGGUGUCCCAGGCCAAGGUGCUCUGCAGAGACUACAUCCAUUCCCGGCUGCUCCGGGCCAGCCUGGGCUGGAGCAAAGCAGAGCACAACGCACCCACCCCUGGUGGCAGGCUGGCUGAGGUGUCCAGCGUGCUUCUGCAGCUAGGGGACGAGCUGGAGUACAUCCGCCCCAACGUCUAUCGCAACGUCGCCCGCCAGCUGAACAUCGCGCUGCACUCCGAGAGCGUGGUGACUGACGCCUUCCUGGCGGUGGCCGCCCAGAUCUUCGCAGCAGGCAUAACCUGGGGCAAGGUGGUUGCGGUGGACUGCGUCAGGCAGGCCCAGCCCGCAAUGGUGCACAUCAUCGUGGACUGCCUGGGCGAGUUUGUCCGCAAGUCCUUGGUGACGUGGCUGAAAAGGCGAGGAGGCUGGGCAGACAUCACAAAGUGCGUGGUGAACACGGAUCCCAGCCUUCGCUCCCAUUGGCUCGUGGCUGCCAUCUGUAGCUUUGGUCACUUCCUUAAGGCCGUCUUCUUUGUGCUGCUGCCAGAGAGAUGAUUCCAGACACCAAACGUGGCCCCAAGCCCCAGCUCUUCCCCCAGCCAGAAGGAAUGGUAACCAGAGACCCAUCUGCUGCUGAAGGGGAGAGGCCGGGACCCAUGGAACCAUUUCUCCCCUCUCCCUUCAGCAGGGAGCAGCUGCCCAGCUGCAAACAUCCUUCCCUGUGUGCCCGGAGGCGCUUCUUUCUCUCUCUCAGAAACCCUUUGCAGCCCCUCGUUCUGCUGGGUGACUUGGACGCAGCCAGGUGAGAGCCCAUCCCUGGGCAGACGAUGGGCUGAGCUCUCGUGCGCUGCAUGUGACAGUUCGUACAUAUAUUUAUUUUCUGGUCCUAGUACGCUCGCACUUCUGUGUCAGGGAGAGGGGGGACAUAGUGGCAGAGGGCAGCGGGGGAAAAUGUAUCCCUCACUUGAUACAUGGUUUGUCCCUUUAAUUCCCGUAAUCCCCUGUCAGGCUCUUCUCCAUAUGUCAGUGGCUAAUGCAAUCCGCUCCUUGUACCCACGCUGACCGCUGGGCACUUGUGCCUAGUGCACUGUGGCUGAGACUGGGAAGUGGUGGAUUAUCGACUGCUGCCCUCGUCAGCUGAUGCCCCUGCUGAGGUCACUUACCAAGCAGCUGGGACUCUGCGAGUGUAGGGGCUCCCAGACCCCAGCACGCUUUCCCCUAGAGUCCUGCUUACAGGGCCAGCAAGAACCAAGAUGGGCAGAAAUCAGCGUGGCUCACACAGCCGAACAAACUGGCGAGAGCAAAGUGCCACCUCUCCAGCAGCAGCCUUGUGUGAGCACGAUAAUGAAGCUGGAUUUUUCUCUAAGAUUCAGAGGGAACAGAAGCCUGUAAGUGGGAUGUGGGGUGGGAAAUGUGGCGACGUCCCAAGUGAGCAGCGGGCUGCGAAUGGGGAACACUGCACCAAAAGUGACAAAUGCUUCUCCUUUAGCCUAUGAUGAAGUCUGACUUGCAAUUUCUCUUGUGCUAGACAAUAAAAAUAGAUGGAGGCUGGCUUCUAUGGACGAGAAGGGUGUUUCUUCAAUAAAUACAAGAGUGAGCUGAGACACGCACACUCAGCCUAGGGCACUGCAGGUGAAAAAGGGGAUUUAACAUGAGAAAACGACAGUUGGCCUUGUCUGCACUGGGAUUUGAAUCUAUUAGCAGGGCACAGUAAGUGCUGAGUUCCCCUCUGAUUUACCGGAGCCAGCUCACCUGGUGAAACUACAGCUUACCUGUGUCAGCUCGUUAGUUAACACAUCUGACAAAAUGGCCCAAUGGCACUGCCAAUGGAGCGGUGCUGGGCCAAGAGCUUGGCAGCUGCCUUGCUCCUGGGGCCAGAACGACUCACCAAACCAGUGUCUCUGGAGCAGUAACAUGCCUCAGUCCUGGACAGGUGGCUGUCUGCCCCCUGCUUAGAUGGGCAAAGUGGCAUUUUCCCUUCUGAAGGUGUGAAAGCUCUUGGGCGCUAGGCAUGUUGAAAGCAAGCAGCUUUCUACUAGCUGCCUCCCCAGAGCCCAAGCACAGCGCCUCCCCACCCCCUUCACUGCAGCUGCAUGCAGCUCAAGGCUGGGUUUUCAGGUACCGUUGUUUCAGGGCCGCCGCAAGUCCCCCCACAAGACACGGACACUUGUGCUGGGGUUUCUGCCAGCACAACUGUGUCAGCGAGGGAUAGGACUGCCUUUCCACAUUCCCGCCAGUCCGCUGUGCCAGCAAAACAUUCAAACAGAGGCCCAGUCAAGGGUGCCGUUAGCUCAUGGGCUGAUCUGGUUUUUGUGCUGCUGGAACUGUGGGGUCAGAAGUAGCUGUAGUCAGGGCAGUUCAAAGCCUUUGUGGGAAGACAGUUCUUGGUCCUUUAAGUGUACAGUACCCUGUGGUUUCUAAACAACCAGAGACCAGCUCCACAUCACUCCUAAUGCCUGGGCUACCCACCGUGCUUGAACUCAGCCAAUUUAGCUGCCUUUUUUGUCUUGACUAGCAUUUUGAGGUGUGGGCUACAAAGGUGUUGUAAGCAAAGCACUAGCACAGAAAAAUGCACUAAAUUAAGGCACUUGACAAAUGCACCCAUUAAGGCAGUAUAACAAAAAGAUAAGAAAAAUCAAACAAGCCAGCAUUGCUCAAGAGGAAUGUGUGUAGGCGGGGCGGGGGAGGGGAGAGGGAUAUGUACACAGGCAGCCAGUGAUUAAAACAGGAAACCCUGCUGAUAGUGAAAUGAUACAGCGGGGCAUUCUACUGAGCUUGGUGUGUGAAGAACCCAAGAAAGGCGAUCGCUCGCGCGCUCUUUACGUUACCUGUAUCUGACACUUCUGCCUUGGUGUGUAUAGUACGGCUUCUAGUCAGGUGCAGGGUGGGGCCCCCACCCCAGGACAAUAAGCGGAACUUGCCUCUGCAGUGGGAGGUUUUGGGCAGGAACAGACAUAAGAGAAGGGUCCUCACUGAAAACCCAUGCACAUUCACUCUGGGGAGGAAACUCAGGGCUAGCAGCUAAGGGAAUUUGUAAAGGUGGUUCGGUUCCUUGAAUGUGAAUCUUUGGCAGUAACAAUAUGAUCAUGUUCUUCUCCCACCCUUUGGUCCCAGAACCAAAUGUAACCCAUCCUCCUGAAAGGGCCACUGUUCAUUUUUCACCUACCCUUUCAAGCAAGCAUGAUAGUACUUACAGCCAACUUGGAAUCUCCUAUCUGGAAAAACCAUGCACCAUAGGACACGGCAGAGUUAUUUGCACUAAUAGCUUCCAGGGAAUGGCAGAGCAUGUUCUACAGCAGACUCUCUCUUCCUUUUUCUUCUCUGGAACAGGAGGUUUUGAGCUUAUGCAGCUGCUCCUGAAGCCAGCACUGCAGCUGUGCAAUCACACAGUAACGGGAGAACAAGAAUCCGUGUUAAGGAAAUGCUGUUACAUCGGCAGUAGUGCACUUACAGGCAGUGCCCUUGUGCGGCAAAGCGCUUACACCCUACACCAGUGUUUCUCAACCUUUUUUUAUAAAGUACCCCUUUUUCAAAAAAAAAUACCCCCAGU